CUCCUCUUUUCCUUAUGGAGCCUGGCAUUAUCUGUAAGACUUGGAGAUGCCCUAAGAUGCUGCGGCUCUGAGCACAUUGUGCUCUGUGCAGAGGAGGAAUACAUGAGACAUCACCCAAUAAAGGCUGGGAUGGCAGCACAACAGACAGUGCUGUGUACACUGUCCAAUCAUGGGCAUGCUUACAGCAGAGGAGACUGGGGCUUGCAGCUGCUCCUGUGUGUGUAUUAUGUGUGUGCGAAAUCCUCUCCCUUCCUAAGGAUGAAAGAGGAGGAAUAAGAGGCUGAGCUAAUAGGGAUCAGCACCCAGAACUUCCCACAGACACCUCCAAAUCUACCCCAGCAGCAUCAUUGUUCUCCAGCAUCAGCACCAUCCGGUGAGCAGCUGCUGCAUCAGGUAGACCCCCACAGGAAAGCAUCAAUAUAAGCAAGGGCAAGGAGUCAAGAUGGCAGGUAUCCUAGUUUGGUUUUGGAAUGAGAGGUUUUGGUUGCCUCACAAUGUAACCUGGGCAGAUCUGAAGAACACGGACGAGGCGACUUUCCCCCAGGCUGAAGACCUGUACCUUGCCAUCCCUCUGGCGUUCUGCAUCUUCAUGAUACGCCUCUUCUUUGAAAGGUUUAUAGCGAAACCAUGUGCUUUGACUCUUAAAAUUCAGGCCAGUGGACCACAGAAGGCCCAGCACAAUGCCAUUCUGGAAAAGGUCUUUACUGCAAUCACAAAGCACCCUGAUGAAAAGAGACUGGAAGGACUUUCCAAGCAGCUGGACUGGGAUGUACGUAGUAUUCAGCGCUGGUUUCGGCAGAGGAGGAAUCAAGAAAAGCCGAGUACCCUGACACGAUUCUGUGAGAGCAUGUGGAAAUUUACUUUUAACCUUUACAUAUUUACUUACGGAAUACGGUAUCUAAAAAAGACUCCUUGGCUCUGGAACACCCGACAGUGUUGGUAUAACUAUCCUUAUCAGCAACUGACGGCAGAUUUACAUUACUACUAUAUUGUGGAAUUGUCUUUCUACUGGUCUUUGAUGUUCUCUCAAUUCACAGACAUCAAAAGAAAGGAUUUUGGAAUUAUGUUCCUUCACCAUUUUACAACGAUAUCCCUCAUCACAUUCUCAUACGUAAACAACAUGGUACGAGUAGGUACCUUGGUGAUGUGCCUUCAUGACAUGGCGGAUGUUUUGCUAGAGGCUGCCAAAAUGGCAAAUUAUUCCAAGUGUCAAAAACUGUGCGACCUCCUGUUUGUGGUGUUUGCGCUGGUGUUCAUAAUGGGCAGACUGGGUGUAUAUCCUUUAUGGAUACUGAACACUACGCUCUUUGAAAGCUGGGAAAUUGUCGGCCCUUAUCCCUCCUGGUGGGUCUUUAAUCUCCUGCUGUUACUGCUUCAAUCUCUGCAUCUAUUCUGGUCUUACCUAAUAGUCAAGAUUGCUUGUAAAGCCAUCUCGAAAGGCAAGACUGGGAAAUGGAAUCCUUCGCAUGUGUCGAAGGAUGAUAGAAGCGAUAUUGAAUCCAGCUCAGAUGAAGAAGAUUCAGGACCCCGCACACAAAAAUCACAUCACUCCAGCACCAAUGGGGUCAACACAUCCAAUGGAAUGAAUGGUUACCUCACCGGGGCCACAUCUGCAGAUGAACAUUAAAAAAAAAAAAAAAAAAAACAUUCUCUAAUGGAACAAUAAACUGUUUGCUACUGGACACAUCUAGUAACUCGUGAAUAAAGUUUCUCCAUGUAUCUCUGCAUCAGAAUCCAACAGAGCACCCAAUCUGUGCACCACUAUCAUUUGUCGCAACAUAAGAAUGGAGAACAAUGACCAACCGGUGCAGACGCGUUGUGGGUUUUCAAAAAUGUCCACAAGUCAAUAAGUAUUUUCGGCAGCUUGAAUGUUAUUUAUUGUUUAUAUUUGAAGGGGUCUUUUUUUUUUUUUUUUACAGUAGUUUUUGUUAGAAGGCUCUCCCAAAAAUAAGCUGAUUGUAGGGGCGCUUGAGACCCUCCCCCGAGAUAUCAUCCACCGACUGUAACUAACCCAUCAGCAAGUGUUUAGUCCCCCUAAAUCCAAUAGAAAAAUGGUUGUUUGUUUCUUCCCACACAUGAAGUUUAUGUUUAUACACUGAAAAAUAGGGUGGAAAGGUCCGCCCAGCAAACAUGGACACACAUUCUGCACACCCGCACUAGGACCACAGGGAAGUGCAACAUUUUAAUAGACGGUAAUGCAUUUCUGAGCAGAUUCCACAGAAACAAUUAACCUUUUCAUUGUUUCUGUAGAUGACAAAAUAAUGAUCUCUGUGGCAGAUGUUUCUGCUGCAAAAAUACAGCCGUGCACAAAGUGCAGCAGAAUUUCUGAGUGGAAUUUUCCCUGCCGAUUCUGCUCAUAAAUUCUGCCGUGUGAACAUAGCCUUAAAGAGUACCUUUCACCAAAUAAACUUUUCUAAACUAACUCAGGCUAUGUUCCCUAACUACUCCUAACACUCCUCCUACCCUUACUCUUCUUGCCCACAUAGUGCAAUUUCCCAGAAUGACAAAGUAGGUGUUUCCCAGUAGGCAUGAUGUCACUGAAGCCUGCUGGGGGACCACUUCCACCCUCACAUGGUUGCAGUCCUAUGGUGAUAGAAGACCUCAGGAUCUGUGCAGGUUUCAGUCUGUGUUGCUUUCUGUGAGAAUAUGUGGAGAUUUUACUUUCUGUGCAGCUUUCAAUCAAGCUCAGUGCGGAGAAGCACUUCCUGAGUUUGGUCUCCUGCCAGGCCAGGAGGAGACCAAACUCACUGUAUUUAUUGUGGCAGGGAACAGAACAGAGCCACCUAGUGGUUGUUUUUUCUAAUACAUUUCAAACAUAUUUAUGUUAAUAAUUUUUAAACGCAAGUGCAUGGGAAAAUGUCUGCUAAUUACACAAGAAACAUUAUAUUAAAAGUUUUAUUUUGUGACAGGUACUCUUUAAGGGUACUCCAGGGAAGUCAACUCAUGCCCUAUGCACAGGAUAGGGGUAUGUAUCCUGUAUGGGGCCCAGCAAUUCACCAGUCCUCAAAGUGGAAUGAUUGUCACCUAUAUAGAUGAACGGGAGUAACAGCCCACUCAGCCAAUCAAAAGCUGAGAUGGGGGUGUGUCACUGCCGGUGAUUGGAUGAAGGGGCCGUCACUCCUGCUCGUCUCCGAAGGUGGGGGCCACUCUUCUUUAAGGAUGGGUGAGUUGCUGGGCCCUGUACAGGAGAUUGCAAUCAGGUACUUCUUCCCUACCCUGUGGCUAGGGGAUACGUUGACUUCCCCGGAGUGCCCCUUUAAAGGGGGGGGGGGGGGGCUAUAGCUUUUGUUAUGGUCAAGAAAAUGGCUAAAAUGUAGCCUGAAAAAAACAGUGACAAAAAUAGUGAAAUAACAUUGAAAAGCUUCCAAAAGGUUUUAAACAAAAUGUUAGAAUUUCAGACAAUUUUUGACAAAAAAAACUCAAAAUGACCGUUUUUAGAGCCAUAAAAUUAUGGCUUCAAUAACAGAGUGCGAACAUAGCCUCGGACGCUCUUUGUUUGCUGGUCUCUUCUCAGGCUAAUUCAUACAGUAGAUAAGUGUUUCCCAACCAGGGAGCCUCCAGCUGUUGCAAAAUUACAACUCCCAGCAUGCCCGGACAGCCGCUGGCUGUUCGGGCAUGCUGGGAGUUGUAGUUUUGCAACAGCUGGAGGCAGCCUGGUUAGAUAACACUGGUCUGUUGAAUAAAAUGGACAUCCUUUUAUUUCAGCACCAGUGUAUUCCUAGUACUCCAGGUAGCUCCCAGACCAGGUUAGAAUCCCCAAAUAAAGCCUAUUACGAGGUGUUGUCUAUAUUACUGAGUGAAAAAGUUCUCUAGUUUUCCUAUUUUUCUCAAUCUUACAGUGUAGGAUAGUGAUCAAGCUCUGCAGCCGUAUUACUCUCCAUACUUUUAUUCUCUGUACUUUUCACGAUCAUCAAUUUACUUUUUGGUAUCAGUGUAAACCUUACAUCUUGUGGCACAUUAUAGUUAUCUUAAUGCAGUUUGCACAAAUCAUUUACAUAACAUGGUGGAAGACACACAGGGGGAGAUUUAUCAAAACCUGUCCAGGGGAAAAGUUGCUGAGUUGUCCAUAGCAACCAAUCAGCUAUCUUCUUUCGUUUUUAAAAAGGCCUCUGAAAAAUUGAAGAAGUGAUCUGAUUGGUUGCUAUGGGCAACUCAACAACUUUUCCUCUGGACGGUUUUAAUACAUUUCCCCCAUAGUGUAUAAGGAGCCGCAUAUGGGGGGAGAUUUAUCAAAACCUGUCCAGAGGAAAAGUUGACCAGUUGCCCAUAGCAACCAAUCAGAUCACUUCUUUCAUUUUUGAAAAGGCCUCUAAAAAAAGAAAGAAGUGAUCUGAUUGGUUGCUAUGGGCAACUGGGCAAGUUUUCCUCUGGACAGGUUUUGAUAAAUCUCCCCCAUGGUGUCCUAUGGUGUAUAGGCAAAACCGUUCAUAAACACCGUCCAUGUCUCAGGAAUAUUAGACCGCAAAUUCAGCGUCAGGUAAAAAGAUGAACUACUAUAUCAAGCUACCACAUUGAUUGUUGUCAAUGGAGAUGAAAAGAUGACUUCUGCAACUGGAAGAAAGCACCAUUCAUUUGAAUAGGGUUGUGUUGGGAUUCCCCCUUAAAAGGGGUCCUUGACAGCAGAUCCCCCUUUUUUUUUCUUGUCUAUAAGACACUAUGCCCUAUGUAUUAGGCAGGGUACAAAGCUAUCUGAUCGGAAUAGAGCAAUAUGCUCUCCUUGAAGGUGAGCAAUAUGUACUGGGAACCCAUUUUCCCAUUAAAUAGUGUUCUUAUCAAUUUAGAACAGAACCAUUUUUUUUUUUUUAUUUACUCAAUUUAUCUAAAUAGGCUCAAUGUUCUAAGCUGAUUUAUUAAGUAAGGGUACGUCCACACAUGUAUUUUUGCUGCAGAUUUUAUGGCAGCUGGUUUUGCUACCCAUGGAAGGUCCUAUCUGUUCUGAUCCCCGGCGCUCAACUUUGGCUCCCUGGUCAUCUCGGAAGUAUACUAUUCAAAGACAGGAGGGGGUGUAGGCCAGUAAUAAUAAUCGAGAUAACCAGGUAGUAGAACAGGCAUUACAUUUUCUGCUCCCCGUAAAACCCCUUUAAUUAAUCUUUAGGCCUCGUCCACACUGCUGAAAUUCAGCUGGCGGAAUUCCACUUGCAGCAUAGAGUCCCAUUGUUUCCAAUGGGAUUUUGCUUCUCUGUGCACACAAUGGAACUUUCAUGGCAGUAUUCUGCAGGCGGCACAGAUGUCGAACCAAAAAAUGAACAUGCCGGACCGUAUUGGCAUGUAUAGAGAUGGGGCCUACCACCGAUGCUUUUGGUGAUGCUCCCUCCAGACAGAAUCUUUGCCUGGAAAUAUUUUUAGAAUUCAAAAGUGCGGACGAGGCCUUAUAGCAUUUGGUGCUCAAUGACCCAUAUAGAUAUAGAGUUAAAACAUAACACUCUAGCCACCUGAAGCCAUGACUUUCAUGCUGCCUGAACCAUGAUUUAUCACAAUAGUCCCUGUGGCUUCUGCCUGUCAUGCUGGUCCUGAGUGACCACAACACUAGGGACUUCCCUGAUGACUCAUGGUCCAGGUAGCAUGAAAGUUCACUUUAAAGUCAUUUUUAGGGGCACAGGUUGGGAGGAAUAUUGAAAAAACUUAUACUCACACUUCCCAUCGCUCCCAGUCUAGAGUUGCCAUUGCUUUAGAGUCUCCAGCAGUCUCUUUGACGUCACCGUACAUGUUUCACAGGACCACUGCAGCCAAUCACUGGCCUUGGUGGUCACAUUACCCAUUGCCACUGAGGCUGACCUCUGAUUAAUUAUGAUGGGCAAAAGCUGCUUUUUCUCAGAUGCCCUUUCCAUACCCAAGGCCCAGUGUGUCUUCCUUGACCAUGUGUAUAUAGUGGGUACAUAUAACACUCAGAAAUCUGCUUUGGUGUUUGGUUAGGUCAUAAUAAAUAUUCUAUCACAGGCAGUAUUUGAUCUGGAAACACUGUAUAUGUCUGAAUCAUAUGGAUCUUAUUAUAAUUUUAGUGCACAUGCAGCUUUGCAAGAUAAACCUAUUUGUUCCAGUUAUCUACACAUGGGUAUUUAAAGUGUAUGAUGUCAUUCAUUCUUUCCUAUAGCAAUAAGGUAUUGUAUUAUUCUGUACCAAUAAUGUAAAACUCAGGGGGUGAAACAAUGACAUUAUCUGGUCAAUUCCCCUAAAAAAAACAUGUAAAGGAGUAACAAAUAAAAAAAAUUUCUCCUUUAAA